GCAGCGUCUCUUCGGUUCCCGCGAAUACCAUUAUUAUUGAUUUUCAAUCCGUCGUAUCGAUGCACGAUUUUUCUACCGAACUGUGAUCAAAGUGAGCCCGAGUGUGUUCCGUUCGACCGUAAAGGGAUAUUUCAAGCAAUAGGGAUUUUGAUAAAAGUGAAUCGAGAUUUCUAGGAGCGUUUCUGUGCGGGAAGAUUCGAACGCGUCGAAGCAAUAUUAAGCAGAACUUUGCACGCCUCUGAUCAAGAUCCGGGGACACUUGAAAAGGGGAAUAUGUCUCCGACGAUGACGCGUGAAGGGGGUUGGAACGUCGAGGAGGGUGAAUUUGUGGAGCAAGUAAACGACGAUGUCGAUGUACCCAACCUUCUGAUCAUCGAACCGUGCCACCCCAGAGGCUGCGACAACAGAGACGAUGCUACGCUGGGAAUCCCCACCCUGUUGGUGUGACUCCCGUUGUAAACAAAAUCGAGGGUUGCCUCAGGUUGAGGGAAACAGACGCGGUGGGGGAAGGGACACCGUAGGAGGUGCGAGGUGUCCGUGGUAGUCGUCAGUUGCACGGCGGUCACAGAUCCUUUCGGAGCCCCAACAGCUACCUGAUCGUCGCGAAACAGACGCAAAUAUUUACGAUUCGAUCGAAAUCCAUCGAUCGAGUCCACCAAAAAGGCCAAAGUCUCUGAGAUCGAUCGAGAAGUGCUCGAGAAUAGAAGAUCGUUGUGGGUGACGGUGUUCGAUGAUCUAUGACUGACCACUCGCGAGUGUGACUACGUUUUCGGUGACGAUCGAUCGAUCCUGCUCGAUCGAGGGGGCAGACGCGAUGUCAAAGCUGCAACGGUCGUUGACAUAGUUCUUGGAUCGAGAUUCAGAGGUUUGUUGGUCAGAGACGGGGACAGUGAUCGAUUCGAGGAGGAUCUAGGAUGAAGUCUGAUAGCAACAACGGAUACCUCAGGGCGACUGUGAUCAUCGAGCAGAAUGAAGUACCUGGUGAUGGGCAAGAGUCACCAGCCACUAGUCCUCUUCAGGUGACCUACGGUCCUUGCGGGAACGCAACAACGACGGUUCUUCAUCAUCCUGGAAAUAGGCCGAUCGGUGGAAUAACACGGGCCACGUCAAUCACUCGUAGACGGGGUGGAUCGACCAACAGACAGCAAUUGCUGGUUGUGCUAGCUGUCGCUCUGCUCGCCACUUGUCUUUUCAUUCUUCUGCUGUUGGCGUUAAACACGAGCCGCGAGUACGUGCAAGAGCCCUGUCCAAAGGUUUGCAUGACGGAGGAAUGCGUCAGAACAGCGGCGAGUCUGUUGUCAGCGAUGGACCAAACCGCGUCUCCGUGCGUGAAUUUCUUUCAAUACGCCUGCGGUGCAUGGAACAGAAUGCACGUGAUACCGGAAGACAAAAGCUCCACCAGCACGUUCGAGGUCCUGGCGGAUCAGUUGCAAGUGAUCCUCAGACGAAUCCUCGAAGAACCACCGAACGACGACGACAACGACGCCACGCUGAAGGCGAAAAUGUUCUACAAAUCGUGCAUGGACAUCCCUCGAAUCAGGGAAAUCGGCGAUGCCCCGUUGAGGAGUGCCUUGAAACGCCUUGGCGGGUGGCCAGUGGUGGUUGGUCCGACUUGGAAGCCACCCCUUUAUCCGGUCGAGGUUCUUCUGGGUCGUCUGCGCGGGGAAUACAACGAGGGGGUGUUGAUGGAACAGCGGGUCGGUCCAGACGACGAGAACUCCUCAGCCAACAUCCUGCAGCUGGAUCAGAUGCAGCUAGCGUUGCCAAGCAGAGAUUACUAUCUGAAGAGGAACAGCGAGACAGAAUUGAACGCGUAUCAUCGUUACAUGACGAACGUCGCUUUGCUUCUUAACGCCAACCCCGAAACAGCCGCUGAAGAGUUCAGACACGUGAUUGGGCUGGAGAAACAAUUAGCUAACGCGUCCUUGCCGGAGGCGGACAGGCACGACACGUCCGCCAUUUACCGGAAGCUGACGUUGCGCGAAUUGCAGCGUGAAAUCCCGGAAAUCAAAUGGCGUGUUUACCUUCAGGAGUUCAUCAGUGCCCCCAUAACAGACGAGGAGCCAAUCGUGGUGUACGGUAUGCCGUAUUUCGUCGAAAUGGGUCGCAUCGUGCACAGGACAGAUCCAAGAAUCUUGCACAACUACAUCCUUUGGCGCCUGGUCAUGUCGAUAAUGCCAUACAUGAUAGACGAGUACCAACAAAAGCGGAUCGAAUUUCGUCGAAUCCUUCAGGGAAUAUUGAGCGAGAGGCACAGAUCGGUCCAGUGCGUCGAAUGGACGAACAAAAAGCUAGGCAUGGCUGUGGGGGCACUCUUUAUACGUGACAAUUUCAAUCACGAGAGUAAGGAGACGGCGCUCGAGAUGAUCCACACGAUACGCGAGGCGUUCAACGAACUUCUCGACGAGAAUCAUUGGAUGGACGAUGAAACGCGAGCCGUGGCCAAAACCAAAGCCGACUCCAUGAACGAGAGGAUCGGUUAUCCAGAGUUCCUCAAAGACCCUGCCGAGCUGUCCAAAGAGUACCUGAUGUUGAGCAUCACUGAGGACCAUUUCCUCGACAACAUACUAGCCCUGCUCAAGUACGACGCGUACGACAACAUACAGAACCUACGAAAACCGGUGGACAAAGACAAAUGGCCCACGGAACCAGCGGUCGUGAACGCUUUCUACAAUCCCAACAAAAACGACAUUGUGUUUCCAGCGGGGAUUCUGCAGCCACUGUUUUACUCCCAGCACUUCCCAAAGUCGUUGAAUUACGGUGGGAUCGGUGUGGUGAUUGGCCACGAGAUCACCCACGGUUUCGACGACAAGGGCCGUCAGUUCGACAAAGAUGGAAACAUGAUGCAAUGGUGGAACAACGUGACCAUCAGAGCCUUCAGGCAGAGGGCUCAGUGCAUCGUGGAUCAGUAUUCCAGGUACAAACUACAGGACGUAGGGUUGUACAUCAAUGGGAAGAUGACUCAGGGGGAGAACAUCGCUGACAAUGGAGGACUCAAACAAUCUUUUAGGGCGUACAAGAAGUGGGUGUCGACCCACGGGGAGGAACCGCUGCUUCCUGGAGUGAACCUCACGCACGAUCAGCUCUUCUUUCUGAACUACGCGCAGAUCUGGUGCGGGUCUAUGAGACCCGAAGACGCUCUGACCAAAAUACGCAGCAGCGUUCACUCGCCGGGCCCUAUAAGGGUCUGGGGGCCCCUGUCCAACAGCGAGGACUUCGCCAGGGCCUACGACUGUCCGCCAGGCUCGCCGAUGAAUCCAAUGCACAAGUGCAGCGUGUGGUAGUUCCUGUUAAUCACUAUUGCAGGUAAUGUUAGCCACGGAGAAAGGGAAUGAGAAGACUACUAUCAUCCCAGAUCAAUUGUUGUCCAUGAUGGGGGGACCACAGAAGCCAGAAGACUAGCUUUAUUUCAUCGUGGUUCGCUACGCCGUGGAUCUCGAUGAUUAUAUCAAUGCGUGAGUGUGUACAUGUGUGUAUGCGUGUAUCAGUCGGGAAUGAUCAAAGGUGAGCAUCUAGGUGACAGUCUGAGAUCCUAUGAAUAACAAUUACAUGUGUAUAUACAACUUUAACCGUCUAAUAUU